AAGAUAAGUACGACCCAGGAACGGAGAGACUUGGGCGGUCCAACGAUGUUGCCUGGGGUGGAGUUGGCACGGAAGCGAAGAAUCCACCACCGCCACGAGGUGGGGACACCGCCGAACCUGCCGUCGUCCGCGCGCCUUCUGUUUUCCGACCGUCUGCCUGCUGCGGCCAUGGACGAGCCGACCCUCGCCGCCCGCCUCCGUCUGGAGGAGAAGCUUCGGGGCCUUAUGGGCUCCCGACGGCCGUCUCCCUCCUCCUCUCCGCCAUCCAUCAGGUCAAAUAUAGAAGAGAUCUCGACGCUUCCCGCGGCGGCUGGCAAUAUCACAACGAGGGUAAUCGCUACUGAACUCCCUAAGCGACGGAGUAACAGUGUUGCGCUUCAGAGGACGGGCUCCAGGGCCGAUCUGUGCGCGGUGUGCCUCGACGAGGUCCAGGCGAAGCAGAGGGUCACACGGCUUCCUUGCUCCCACAAGUACCACACCGAAUGCGUGCUGCCAUGGCUGGCUGCUCAUUCGCACUGCCCAUGUUGUAGAAGCCAAGUUCCUUCGUCGGAUCAGAUCUCAUAGUACUCACAUGUUUAGGGUUGUGCUGACGAGGGUAGAUUGGAGGGAGGGUUGAUGGUGUGAAGCAGGGUGGAGGUCUGCAACACGAACCUGUUCUUUGAUUGUUUCAUAUGAAGUAAUCCCAUCCUCUUUUAAGUAGUGCUCAA